CCCUUGGGCGCCUUGGGCAGUCGACUGACAGACCAAGGCUCGCUUCAGGGAUGUCCUUCUUCGGCUCGCAGCUCAACAAGCCGGCUACGACGCUCGUGACAGACACAGAUGUCGAGCUCCAGAAUGGCCCAACCGAUACAGCGUCUUGCCUGGCUUGGUCACCCACUGCAGACCUCCUCGCCAUCUCAUCAUGGGACAAUCAAGUGAGGAUAUAUCAGGUCGACGGCCAAGGUCAAUCUCAGGGCAAGGCUGCUUAUUCCCACGAAGGGCCUGUCCUGUCUGUCUGCUGGAGCAAAGACGGUAGCAAGAUCAUCUCUGGAGGAGCAGACAAGGCUGCAAGACUGUUUGAUGCCGCUACACAACAGUCCUCUCAGGUCGCUGCACACGAUGCCCCCAUACGAGCCGUCAAGUGGAUCGACGCAUCCAAUGGCCUGCUCUGCACCGGCAGCUGGGACAAGACCAUCAAGUACUGGGACCUCCGCACUUCGGCACCCGUGCUGUCCGUCACACUCCCAGAAAGGGUCUAUACCAUGGACGUCACCUUCCCCUGGCUCGUCGUCGGCUGUGCCAACAGGAACAUAGAGAUCUACAACCUCAACAACCCGGGCACGCUCUUCAGGCACAUCGAGUCGCCUCUCAAAUGGCAAACCCGCUCAAUCGCAUGUUUCCCGGACGGACAAGGAUUUGCAGUCGGCUCGAUCGAAGGUCGACUGGCGAUACAGUACAUCGACGAGAAGCAGUCCAGUCUCAAUUUCAGUUUCCGCUGUCACCGGAAAGAGCAAGCCACCAAUAAGAACGUCUCCGAUAUCUGGGCCGUCAACGCGGUCAGCUUCAAUCAACAACACGGCACCUUCUCGACAGCCGGUGCGGAUGGCACGAUAUGUUACUGGGACCACCUCUCCAAAACGAGAUUAAAGAUAUUCGACAACCGCGGCGGACCUAUCACGAGUACAGCAUUCAGUGCACAGGGCACGUACUUUGCCUACAAUGUCGCCUACGACUGGUCAAAAGGUCAUUCGGGCGCGCUGCCCUCCAAUGUCAACAAAACCAUGCUGCAUCUCGUCAAGGAUGAAGAGGUGCGAAAGAAGCCAAAGAACAAAGCCGCCCAUGCGCUGAUGAGCUACUUCGGCGGCGGCGCCAAUCUCAACAAAGCGGUCGUCAAUGAUGUCGAGCUCACUAGUCCGCCCAAUGACAGCGUAACGGCAUUGUCCUGGUGUCCCACUCAGGACUUGCUCGCCGUCUCAGCGUGGGACAAUCAGGUGAGGAUCUAUCAGGUCACCGAGCAAGGGCAAUCGCAAGGCAAGGCGGCCUACUCGCACGACGGUCCGGCGCUCGACGUCUGCUGGAGCAAAGACGGGACAAGAGUACUCUCGGCAGGUGCAGAUAAAGCAGCACGAUUAUUCGAUGUUGCCACUCAGCAGUCCUCUCAAGUAGCCGCACACGAUGCUCCCGUCCGUUGCGUCAGAUGGAUAGACGGACACAAUCUCCUGGCAACGGGCUCGUGGGACAAGACGAUCAAAUACUGGGACCUCAGGCAACCGACUGCUGCUCUAUCAGUCACACUGCCCGAAAGAGUCUAUGCAAUGGAUGUCGCGUCUCAGCUCAUGGUCGUCGGCUGUGCGAACAGGAACAUUGAGAUCUACAAUCUCACGAAUCCAGGAACGCUCUUUCAGCACGUUGACUCGCCUUUGAAGUGGCAGACACGAUCGGUUGCCUGCUUUCCAGACGCAACAGGCUAUGCGCUGGGCUCUAUCGAGGGCAGGAUAGCAAUACAAUACAUCACUGAAAAGGAUGCUGCCAGUUCCUUUUCCUUUAAAGCGCAUCGCAAAGAGAAUCCGACCAACAAGAGCGUUUCAGAUGUUCACUCGAUCAAUUCCAUCUCUUUCCAUCCCGUCCACGGCACCUUUGCGACGAGCGGUGGCGAUGCAACAAUUGUCUGGUGGGACUACAUCAGCAAAGCUCGAUUGAAAGCCUUCGACCCCCAACCUGCGCCGGUCCUCGCAACGGCGUACAGCUCUACCGGCAGAUGGUUCUCAUGGGCAUGUGGUUACGACUGGCACAAAGGGCACGAGGGCAACAUGCCGACAGCGCCCAACAAGAUCUUUCUGCAUCCGAUCAAAGAUGAAGAAGCGCGACGUAGGCCCAAAAAGUGA